AUGAUGAAUGAACAUCCAGCAGAAUGGUCGACUUUACAAUCGUUGGAUGUGGACAGUUUCGUUGUAGCAACUAAAUUGAAAUUUGAACUCGAACGUAUACAUCCUGAAGCUCAACGACGUUUGCAAAUGCUUGGUUUACUCAAAAUUAAUGACAAUGGCGAACAACAAGAAGCUACCGAUGAAGAAAUCGAUGUUAUGCUACACAAAACCUAUCAGAAUGAGAAUCCAGAUGUUCUCGCUGAUAAAUAUAUGAUGCGACAUGGAAUGUACGAAUAUCUCAAAACACUGACAGCGAAAGUUGUUUUGACUCGACCUGCGGACCCAGUUAAUUAUAUGAUUCAUGAUCUUCAACAACAAUCAACAGAUAAAAUGAAAGUUUAA